CACUUCCCCACAUUUCUCACUCCAUUUCUCUCUGUAUUUGCUUUCUCUCUCCUCUCUCUCUCUCCUCUUCUCUUUUUAAUCUGCUCUUCAUUUUGAGCCCACGAACUAACGAAGAAAUCAUUUCAUUGUUGUUGCUUCUUUAUCUCAAAAAUCUCUCCUCGCCAUUGUUGUUCUUGUUUUCUUGCAGAGAAAGAUUCUGGGUAGGGUUUUUUUUUGUUCUGUUUUCUGUUGAUUUUUUGGUUUUGGCACAGUUCUUCAUCGGAAAUUUGUGUGAUUCUUCGUCGAUAUGGAGAAGGAGUUCUUCAUGAACGAUGGAAGCAGUUUUUAUGGGAUGGAUUCGAGUGUGUUGUUCAAUUCCAAUUGGGAAAAUUCGAUGGAUCAGAGCGAUCUCUUUGAGUCUACUUUGAGUUCGAUUGUGUCUUCUCCGGCGAAUUCACACGCUGGGGCUGUAAUCGGCGGUGGUAGUGGCGGCGGCGACAACUUGAUGAUGCGAGAAUUGAUCGGAAGGCUUGGAAGUAUUUGUAGUUCUGGUGAGAUUUCGCCUCAUUCUUACAUUGGUGGGACGAACAAUAAUAGUACCAAUACUUCUUGUUACAAUACGCCUUUGAAUUCCCCUCCGAUGAAGGGAAAUUUAUCUGUCGGUCACCAUCAAAAUCUAGCUCCAUUUUCGGCUGAUCCAGGUUUAGCUGAAAGGGUUGCGAGAUUUUCUUGCUUUGGGAACAAGAAUCUUGCAGUGAAUGGGCAAUUGUGUUCUAAUGAAACUCAAGAAUUGAGCAACAAGUCAAUGGCUGGAGCUGGUGUGGAAUCUGGCAAGCUUUCUAGGGUUUCAAGUAACAAAUCCUUCAAUGUUAGUGGAAUUGGAUCUCAAAUGGGAGUUCAGAAGGGAAAUUCUAUGGCUAACAAGAAAGUUAUGAACAGGUUUUCGAGGUCUUCGACCCCCGAAAAUGACGAUUCGCGGGAGGGAUCGUCGGUUUCGGAGCAGAUUACAGCUGGGGAAUUAGGAUUCAAAGUUAACACUAGGAAAAGGAAAUCAGCUCAUACUGGUGAAGCAAAGAAUGUGAAGGCUGCAGGGGAGAAUCAUGAACCAAAUGGCAAGAAAAUCAAACCAGAGAUGGAUGCUGCAAAGGGGAAGGCUGAGGCAAAAGAUGCAACUCAGAAACAAAACAAUGAUAAUUCAAAGCCUCCAGAGCCUCCAAAGGAUUAUAUCCAUGUUAGAGCUAAAAGGGGUCAAGCUACAGAUAGCCAUAGUUUAGCUGAAAGAAUCCGACGAGAGAAAAUCAGCAAACGGAUGAAGUUUCUUCAAGAUCUCGUCCCCGGUUGCAAUAAGAUAACUGGGAAGGCAGUGAUGCUUGAUGAAAUUAUAAACUAUGUUCAAUCUUUGCAGCACCAAGUUGAGUUUCUUUCAAUGAAAUUGGCUACUGUCAAUCCAAGGAUGGAUUUUAACAUGGAAACUCUUUUGCCAAAGGAUAUCUUCAAAGGUUCGAGUUCGUUACCGCAUACGAUUUACCCUAUUGAUUCGUCUGUGCCCACUUUUGCAUAUGAGUAUCAAUCUAUGAACAUUCCUCCUCUUCAUAGUGAUCAAACGCAGGGUGGAUACCACAAAAUGGGGAAUGGAAUCCAAAUUUCCAAGUUUUGGGAGGAUGAACUCCACAGUGUAGUUCAGAUGGGUUAUGUACAAACCCAGCUGCAGAAUCCUCAUGGUGAGAUGAAAAGUGAAUUGUAAAAGAAUGAAAGAACUGGUGAAAUCCAUGGCGGCCCCCCCACGGCGAGUGAGGCUUUGUGUACAUAGAGAGGGAUUCCAGUUGCAUUUUUUUGUUGUUUCUGAACAUUAUGUAUCAGCCACUCAUUCUUUUGGAGAGCUCUUCAAGAACUAAUUGCAAGAACUAAUUGCAGCAGCAGCAGCAAAGCUGAUGGUGGCCUCAAGUUUUUAUCAGACCACAUUUGAAUGCUUUUCUCUUUAUAGCCAUUUGUAAAAGUAGUGUUGGAAAAGACUGAAAAGUUCUGAUAUCUCAAUCCAACCCCCCUGUGUAUUACCAUUACUCAUAAAUCAUAAAUCUUAUCAUUGUUCUUCUCU